AUGGCCCGCCAGUCAGAGCGUGCGUGUGUCGCUGACCAUGACUAUGGCCGAGCGGGACUUGACAUGAACUUGAUUAUCUGUUGUAGCACAGGUAGAGCUGACAAUAACAUUGACAGUGCUAUUGUUUUUCUAAUCCCUUGCAUUCAUCCAGCCAAUACCACAACCACGAUGUUCAUGCAGGAAGAUAGGUACAUCGUACUCCUCGCAGGGGACCAUGCAUCGUUCCAACAGGAAGAGGUUCCCACGCCGCGGUCUCUGGAGGAGCCGCCUGCAUUGGUGGCGCCAAAAAUUGCACAUCGAAGCAGCAUCAGUUCUGCCGGCAGCUGGUCACUUUCCUUAAUGGGCAUAUUGCAGUGCGCAAAGCAUCAUGAUUGGAUGAAUUGCCAGCAGGGGAUGAUGCACGGUACCCAAUUAGAGGCCGGCUGA